AUUUCAGAUAAGUUUGAAUAGGGGAAAGGGAAAUCAGUCCCGGUGAUUCGAUUUUAGAACAAAAAACUCUAUUUCAUACAAAGAAAAGCUUUGUUUUAACUUUAUGAAUGAAAUUAAUCAAAUUGAUAUUUUAGACUUAACCAAAUCCUAGAGACAAAACUACAAUAUCACCGAAGAACGUCUAACGUCUUGGUAAAAAAUGUAUUUGCUAGCUAAUGUUUUUUUGAUUUUCUCUGUAUGGUGGCCCCAAAUGUAUGCUCACGAAGAAGGAAUCCGUACCCAUAAGUAUACUAUUAACGAUUUUGACGAUCAACUAACUCAGAAGCACCAUUUCAUUAUGUUCUAUGCACCAUGGUGUGGUCACUGUCAAAGACUAGCACCAACAUGGGAGCAGCUAGCUGAAAUGUUAAAUGAGGAUGAUAGCAACAUUAGAAUUGCCAAAGUAGAUUGUACUACAGAUGCAAAAAUAUGUUCUGACCAAGAUAUAACAGGCUAUCCAACAUUAAAAUUCUUUAAGUCAGGAGAAAAAGAUGGAAUUAAGUUUAAAGGAACAAGAGAUCUACCUACUUUAACCAACUUUAUUAAUGAGCAGCUAAGAGAGAGUGAUGAGAAUCCACCAGAGGCGGUCAUGAAAAAAACCAGUCCACUCACAGAGUUAGAUGAGCAAAAUUUUGAUGCAGUUAUCAGCAAAGGAAAAUCAUUUAUUAAAUUUUAUGCUCCAUGGUGUGGUCACUGUCAAAGAUUAGCACCUAUUUGGAUGCUUUUAGCCCAGGCAUAUGAGUUCAAUGAGGCAGUAACUAUUGGAAAAAUUGAUUGUACAGAGCAUAGGAAAAUCUGUACAAAAUAUGAAAUCAAAGGAUAUCCUACACUGUUGUGGUUUGAAAAUGGCCAAAAGAUAGAAAAAUAUCCAGGAGAAAGAACAUUGGAUGGUUUCAAGAAAUAUGUCGAGAAUAAAUCGAAAACAGCUGAACCCGUUGCCUAUCAACCUGUUGAAGAACAGAAGAAUGGAGGUGAAAAGGAAGCAGAGGAACCAGUUAUUGAAAUAACUGCUCAGUCCUUUAGAGAAGAUAUUAAAUCUGGAAUUACUUUUGUGGAUUUCUUUUCGCCGUGGUGUGGACAUUGCAAAAGACUCGUACCAACCUGGGAGUUGUUAGGAAAACACUUUCAAAGUACCAGUGGUAUCAAAAUUGCGAAAGUUGAUUGUACCGUGCCUGAUAAUCGGGAGUUUUGUAACGAGCAAGAGAUAAAUGGUUUUCCAACCUUGUAUCUGUAUAAGGACGGCCAGAAAAUUUCCGAAUACAACGGUAAUCGUGGACUAGAUGAUCUCGCUGACUUUGUCAACCAGCAUUUGGCCCACGAUGAGCUUUGAAAUCGGGAUAAGUGGCUCGAGAUAAAGCGCCGACCAUUAUUAAGGACGGUGGACUUAACCGAACCCCUGAAAACUAGUCAACAACGCAGAACUUUAGCGAAAUAUUAUUGUUUAAAGUCGUUAGGUCUCGGCGUAAAUUGUAGAAAGUACGGGGUUAUUAUGUUUAGUUAUUUUAAUUUUAUGAAUUUUAAAUUUUGCUGCGUUUACCUUACUAUCGACUUUCUGAUGAUACAAUGUUGGGAUUUUAUUAUACUUCUUAAUAUGUUUAAAAAUUAUUUUAAUUAGCGUUUUUGUUCCUUUUUGUAUGUUUCAAAUUGAACCAGAGUAAGACUGAAUUAAUAAGUUUGUGGAGAACAUGCGUGCAACCCUUGAAUUACUUCUAUUUUGGUUUAAAACUUGUAGUUUAAAUUUUUCCGCUAAAAAAGAUAAGAAUUUUAUCUAUUUCAUAAAAUAGUGUAGUACUGGUGUCUAAUAUAUUACAUACAAGGUAUGCAGGUGUUGUGAUAAUUUGGUUAGCAUUUCAUCCAAAUAAAGUCAUAUCCUAUUGUGGAGUAA